CCGCUCCGCCUCUGAUUGGCUGAGUCCCCUGCCCUCCCCGCUCCCCCUCUCCUCCACCCCUGGUGAAAACUGCGGGCACCAAGCGAGGUACAGCAACUGGAGGUGGCGUCGGGUCCAGGAGGAGGCUGCAGCAGCGGAGGACCUGAGUCGAGGUCCAGGACUGAGACCUCAGCACCAUGCACCCAGCCAUUGGUAUCGCUCUCCUGUUGACAGUUUUGCAGGUAUCCCGAGGGCAGAAGGUGACCAGCCUAACAGCCUGCCUGGCAGACCAGAGCCUUCGUCUGGACUGCCGCUAUGAGAAUACCACCAGCAUGCCCAUCCAGUACGAGUUCAGCCUGACCCGUGAGACAAAGAAGCACGUGCUCUUUGGCACUGUGGGGGUGCCUGAGCACACAUACCGCUCCCGAACCAACUUAACCAGCAAGUACAACCUCAAGGUCCUCUACUUAUCUGCCUUCACCACCAAGGACGAGGGGACCUACACAUGCGAACUCCGUGUCUCUGGCCAGCCCUCCUCCGUCUCCUCCCAGAACGUCUCUGUGCUCAGAGACAAACUGGUCAAGUGUGAGGGCAUAAGCCUGCUGGCUCAGAACACCUCGUGGCUGCUGCUGCUCCUGCUCUCCCUCUCCCUCCUCCAAGCCACGGAUUUCAUUUCCCUGUGACUUCUGGGGCCCAUGGAGGAUAUGGGAAGUCACACAUCCCAGUGCAGAGAUCCUACUUCUCUGAGUCGGCUGACCACCCCCCGCCAUCCCUCACACACCUCGGGGAGAAAUGGGGACCCCAUCUCGUAUCAGGAGUCCCACUUCUGCAUGCCAUUAGUACCCACCUCCCACUGCCACCUAACCCUCUCCGCACACCCGUGGCUAUCUUUUUGUACUCUUUGUUCCAGA